UAAUUAGCCUCCACAAAUUUGGUUUUUUAUCACUUGAUGACACCAACAAUUCUGGAUCAAAUUCUGAUGAGAGAGUUGGUUGGUGUAUUUGGUUGUGGAAUUGUCGAAAUUUUGAUUGAAGAGAGGAAGAAAUUCGAAGAGGAAGAAUUCGGGACAUUUUUUGGUUGGGAUAAAAUGUCCAAAUCAAAGAAAAUGUCAAAAUGUCGAAUUUCGGAAAGACAAAAAAUUUCAAAAAAAAUUUUUUUCGAAUAGUUGGUGCUUUGUUAAUGGAAUGUAAAAAACAGCGAAAAAUUUGUAGAGCCUUUCUAGCUGUAGAAAAAAAUUUUUUUCCUAAUUUUAUG